GCACGCUCCAAUGAUGUGUGCACCAAAGACAGCAACUUUACCCCAGUGGACACAGCACUUUUAGGAGCUAUCAGUGAUUCUUCAUGAAUAAAACAUCAAAACGUCAAUGAAAUGCUGCUACUCCGCCGUUGUCCUCGUUUGGCCCGGCUCUGCUCCAUCAACUCUCACAGACACCCGGUGACCCCUGCCUUAGCCCCCUGCACAGCGAGCUUCAGCAGUGACAGUGACAGAGGGUCAGAGUUCAGAUGGAGCAGACGCUGGACUCACGCUGUGGCUGGACUCUUAGCCGGGACUGGGGCUGUUCUGGCCUACGCCCUCCACCAACACAAGGCUGAGAAAGCAGACGCCAUCACUGGGCAGACAGUCGAUAAGCUCCCCUCCUCCUCUACCUCCUCCUCCUCUACCUCCUCUUCUUCUUCUUCUUCAUCUUCAUUGCCGAUUUUCAGUCAGGAUGAGGUUUCCCGCCACCGCACGCUGCAGGAUGGGGUGUGGGUCACGUUUAAAGGCGGGGUCUACGAUAUCACUGAGUUUGUGGCCAUGCAUCCCGGAGGAGACAAAAUCAUGUUGGCAGCAGGGGGCGCUGUUGAGCCAUUCUGGGCCCUGUAUGCUGUUCACAAUCAAGAUCAUGUGCUGGAGAUACUGUCAGAGUACAAAGUGGGGGAGCUGAGAGCCGAGGACCAGAAGAAACAGCAGAGUCUGAACCCAUCUGACCCCUUCUCCUCUGACCCUGAACGCCACCCGGUCCUCCGCAUCAACAACCUCAAACCCUUCAACGCCGAACCUCCACCCGAAAUCCUCUCCGAGAGCUACAUCACUCCCAAUGUGUUUUUUUUCAAACGUAACCAUCUCCCCGUGCCCCGCAUUGAUCCUGAGUCCUACAAACUCACAGUUGAAAUCCAGGGACCGAACCGCGAAAGAGGAGGUGCGUUGUCUCUAUCUUUGGACGAUUUGAAGAACAAAUUUCCCAAGCAUACAGUGACUGCUACUAUUCAGUGCGCUGGAAAUAGACGAUCGGAUAUGCACAAGGCUAAGCAAGUUAAGGGGUUGAAUUGGGGGAUUGGCGCGAUCGGGAAUGGAACUUGGAGCGGAGCAAAACUUCGGGAUGUCCUGCUGGCUGCUGGCUACUCUCCCGAUGACGCGAAUUGGGCAAGACACGUUCAGUUUGAAGGACUGGACCAAGACGUAGCAGGAACAACUUACGGAGCAUCUAUUCCGCUUAGAAAAGCCAUUAGCGAAGACGGCGAUUGCUUGCUAGCUUAUGAAAUGAACGGCGAGGAAUUACCACUAGAUCACGGUUUUCCGAUUCGAGUUAUCGUUCCAGGAACUGUAGGUGCACGCAACGUAAAAUGGCUCGGCAAGAUUAUAGUUAGUGACGUGGAAAGUAGUAGUCAUUGGCAACAAAAUGAUUAUAAGGGAUUUUCACCGAGCACGGAUUGGGAUACAGUUGACUACAAAACCGCGCCUGCUAUUCAAGAAUUACCAAUUCAGUCUGCGAUAACAGUACCAGCAGAUGGCGCAAUAGUGGACCGAAGUGACGAAGAAGUUACAUUAAAGGGGUAUGCAUGGAGCGGAGGAGGUAGGGAAGUUGUGAGAGUUGACGUUUCCAUAGACGGUGGAAAAACAUGGAAAAUCGCGCAGUUGAAAAGCUCGGAUAAGGAGCAAACUGCUGGAGCUACGGCACCCCCUCCUGGUCAAGCGUGGGCGUGGAAGCUUUGGGAGUUGACGGUGCCGUUGCCAGCGGAUACGGAGGAGAUGGAGGUCGUGUGCAAAGCGGUGGACAGUAGUUAUAACAUGCAGCCGGAUUCGAUUUUACCAAUUUGGAAUCUAAGGGGAGUUUUGAGCAAUGCCUGGCACAGAGUGAAAGUCAAAAUACAAGAAGAACAGGACGACCAGUAGGUUAAGUUUACAUAAGAAUACUUUGAAAAGAUAUUUAUACUUUGAAAUUUGAGUUCAUUUAGUUUAUUUAGAAUACUGAAUACUUUAAGAUGUAUUUUGUAACAUUGAGUUGCUUUUAUUAAUAAUGCGGCGCAGUUGGAAGCCUCAAUUAGGUGAUCAGAUACUGGAAUGUGUUUCUUUGAUUUCAGGAAAGUAGUAGUAGUAGUAGUAGUAGUAGUAGUAGUAGUAGUAGUAGUAGUAGUAGUAGUAGUAGUAGUAGUAGUAGUAGUAGUAGUAGUAGUAGUAGUAGUAGUAGUAGUAGUGGUAGUAGUAGUAGUGGUGACACAAUUUGCCUUUUAACUGACAGAUUAUUCAUAUUUUGACCUUUUUUAUGGUUAAUAUCUGAGUGGGCCUAUUCACAUGAAGCAAAAACUGACCAAAAGUUCUCAACAACAACAAUUAAUGAGAAUAAUCGUGACUAGUUGACUCGCCGUUCAUCGUUAUCUGGACUACACAGACUCUGCCAAAAGACGUUUUAUAAGAACAAUAGCAGCAUUAUCAAAUCAGAAUGUCGUCAAGGAUUAAACAGUUGGUAAUUAUCAUCAGUAAUACACGUUAUUCAUAAAUAUUCUCUAGAAGACUUCAGUCGCCACAUUUCAACCCUUUUUUUGGUAAAAAUGUGUUGAUGCACAAUAGAAGUAAUCGUUCUAAAUGUGUAAGUCUUUUAUGAAUUUUUUGAGUCAUUCCUUGUAUUAUUUCUGUUUUAAUACAUCCCUAAUAACAUUUAAAAACAAGAUAUUUUUAAUACAUAGGCCUACUCUAUAACCAAGGAAAACUAAUUUAUGUUUCAGGGAUAAUACUAAGCAAAACCUAUUUUAGCUCUAGCUUUAGAACGUUCCCUCAUGAAAAACUGCCUGGACAUGUGUUUUGUUUCAUUCACACAUGUUGGAGUAGUCCUUUAUUUAUUAAUGGGGAUUUUACAGAGCUGCUGCCCUCUACUGGCCUCUUUGCUUCACAUGUUUGAAUGUGUAUAAAAAUGAUCAUGUGUUUUGUAUUGUUGUGUUUGACUUAUCCUUGUGUUCUGAAGGAGACCAAGAUUAUGCUAAAAAUCAUUGAAAGGCUUUUUAAUAGUAGCGGUUUAAAGCUACCAUCUGUAAGUUUAUAUAUAUAUAUAUAUAUAUUUUUUUUUUUCAUCAGUAGAGGGCAGAUGUGAAACCUGCUCCUACCUCAACUGGCCCCUCCCCUCAUCUGGCCUUUGUCCAGACUCACCUGUGCUCUCUGGUGUUCUGUCAGGCCAAAACUGGCACACUAUCAGACAGCAGUAACGUAUACAGCAUCUAGUGGUGAUGUGUGAGAAAACAACAUGGCCGGUCCGCCAGUCUGAUUACGGAUGGUAGCUUUAAGAAAAAGUACCAUAUCUGUGUAUUUGGUGCAAAGAUAAUUUAAGGAUUUUCAAGGUUUGACCCUAAAGCGUACAAGCAAGUGAAUAUUUUAAUUUACUAAAACAAAAAUAUGUAUAAAUGUUUGAAGUUUAUAUAAAAUAACAUUGGGAGAUUUAACUGACACUAAAUGUCAUUUGGAGCUUGUCCGUUCAGGAAGCUAAACAGACCGCUAUAGUCGCACAAACUUGUCUCAGUAUAUUAUAUGCACAGGUGUGUUAUAUAUUUUUAAAUGAUUAAGAUUUGUCAUAUUUUUUAUAAAUUAGAACAGUGGUUUUCAGAUUGGGAGUUGCUUUGCUAAAUGAUUUCCACUGUCAGAUUUAAAUUAAAAUGUGUUUGUGAAUUGGUUACUGAAAAAAAUGUUACUAGUAUAUUUAAUUCAAUUACUUAAAUGCAUAGUACAUAAUUUUUUUUUUUUUUUUUUUUUGAUGCAGAAAGUAAUUAUGGAAAUGUGUCAUGUGUCAAUAAAAACUAUUUUGUUAUUAAAUUG